GAACCCGCACAUACCCCACCUCCCCCGCAAUACUGGUCCGCAAGAUUCACCGGCUGGAUGGCACGCCAUUGUUUCGAUCCCGACGCCGAAUACGAACGGCGCAUAGCGGGGAGAGAGCAAAAAUACGCUCGAGACGCUCGGCUUACGGCGGUACCUCAGUGGGCACCGGGUAGUGGUCGGCUGUUCACUCAUCUUUGGGUUCGGCGUUCAGCGAGCGACCCAUCUUCCAAUUGCUCAUCUACACACGCCUGUCAUGGACGUCGAGCGGAUUACGAGCGACACAAAGAGCGAUACCAAGGUCGCCCACGUCGAAGAUGAGGCGUGGGUUGACCCCCAGGCCGAGCGCCGCCUCCUGUGGAAAAUGGACAUGCACCUCGUCCCCAUCCUCUGGGUCAUGUGGACGUUCUCCAACCUUGACCGCUCCAACAUUGGCAACGCGUACGCGGGAGGCAUGAAAGAGUCUCUCAACAUGAGCAGCACCGACUACUCUGUCGCGCUGCUCGUCUUCUUCAUCGGCUACGUCGUCUUCGAGAUCCCCUCGAAUAUGAUCCUCGUCCACCUCCGCCCCUCCAUCUACCUGCCGGCAAUCAUGUUCUGGUGGGGUGGCGUAGCAAUCGCGCUCGCCGCGUGCAAGAAUACGCCGGCUCUCGCUGGUGUGCGUGUCAUUCUCGGCUUGGCAGAGUCCGGCUUCGCACCUGGCGUCCUCUAUCUCCUCUCGACAUGGUAUAAGAAGAAGGAGCUCGCACGCCGCUACACGCUCUUCUGGCUCGGCACACCCGUCAGUGGAAUGGUCGGGGGUAUUCUCGCCGGCGCGAUCAUCGAGCGCAUGGACGGCAUCUCGGGUCUGCACGGCUGGCAGUGGCUCUUCGUUAUCGAGGGCAUUGCCACCUGCGUGAUCGCCGUGGCGGCGGUCUUCAUCCUCCCCGAUUACCCGACGACGACGCGUUGGUUGUCCGAGGAGGAGAAGGAACUGAUCGUGCGUCGCCUGAGUACCGAAAAUCUGAACACGACCGGCGAGCACCUCGGGCAUAUGGAAAGCCUACGCCUCGCGUUCCAAGACUGGCGCACUUACCUCUUCCUGUUCCUGUACGCGAUGGCGACGGGGGCAAUGACCAUCACCUACUUCAUUCCGACGCUGGUGAAGGGCCUUGGCUACUCUGGCAGCCAGACGCAGUACAUGACGGCGCCGAUCUACGCGGUGGGCAUCGUGAUCGUGCUCAUCGUGUGCUUCACGUCCGACUGGCUCGGCGAGCGCGGCUUCUACGUCGUCGCCGCCGGGCUCAUCGGCGCGACGUGCUUCGCCGUCAUAAUGGGCGUGACCAACAAGGUCGUGCAGUACGUCUUCCUGUGCUUUGGCCUUGCAAGCAUCUUCUCGAGCGUGCCGACGCUGCUGGUAUGGGCGUCAAACGAGGUGUCACAUCCGCGCGAGAAACGCGCCAUCGUCCAGGCCGCCAUGAACGUCGCGGGCAACCUCGCGUCUAUCUACGGCGCGUUUCUCUGGCCGGCUGCAGACGCACCACGAUACUUUACUGGUUGGGGGUGCACACUCGCGUUUGUGUUCACCAUGUCCGUGGUUGCGUUCACCUCGCGCAUGCUAUUCAAGAAGCAUCCAUACCCGACUGCGUAGGGGUGCUAGACAUUUGAAAGGGAUAGUCAGAAGUAGAGGAGGGGAGCCAGGUGGCGGCGACUCAUAAGAGAAACACCGAAGCAUGCAUCAGAAGUAUUCAACG